AUUCUUAUGGCCAGCAUCCAGUCUUUUAACUACCAUUCCCACUGUCACAACAGAACAUGACAAGGAGACUGUUGCACAGAAAGUAACUGCAGGAAAAUAGGCACCUUAACCUCAUCAUCUCAAAUCAAGUAGGAGAGAUCCUUUAUGCAACUCAGUACAUUUACAUGGGAUGAGAGAAUAAGUUGGCAUGAACUUUGUCCCAUGACUCGUAGAAGUGCUUUUUGCUGUGAGUGCACUUCUCCAAACAGCCUGACAGAGGAAAAGCCUUCACCACCAGCACAGAAGAAAUGUCUGAUAGAAAACGGAAGCAACAGGAGGGGAAUGGUGGAGGGGGUAUGCAUGCAGUCAAGAUUCUGCGGAAGACAUUAACUGAACCUGCUGCAUUUGCAGAUGAAACAAGCUGUCAGUGCAAAGCUCCUCAUGAAAGACUGACCAUUGCUCAGGCCCGUUAUGGAACACCAAUUGACAGACCAGUGAGAGUUUAUGCAGAUGGAAUAUUCGAUCUCUUUCACUCAGGUCAUGCUCGGGCUCUCAUGCAGGCUAAAAAUCUCUUCCCAAAUACCUACUUACUUGUGGGAGUGUGCAGUGAUGAUCUAACACACCAAUACAAAGGUUUCACUGUCAUGAAUGAGAUUGAGCGGUAUGAUGCCCUGAGACACUGCCGCUAUGUUGACGAGGUUAUCAGGGACGCACCAUGGACGCUGUCCCCAGAGUUUCUGGAAAAACACAAGAUUGAUUUUGUGGCACAUGACGACAUUCCAUACUCCUCUGCUGGAUCGGAUGACGUCUAUAAACACAUUAAGGAAGCUGGUAUGUUUGUUCCCACACAAAGAACAGAGGGUAUUUCCACCUCUGACCUAAUCACCAGAAUUGUACGAGAUUAUGAUGUUUAUGCCCGACGUAACCUCCAGAGAGGUUACACAGCCAAAGAGCUUAACGUUAGUUUCAUAAAUGAAAAGAAGUAUCGUUUCCAAAACCAGGUUGACAAAAUGAAAGAAAAAGUGAAAAAUGUAGAAGAAAAAUCAAAAGAAUUUGUUUACAAAGUGGAGGAAAAAAGCCAUGACCUUAUACAAAAAUGGGAAGAGAAAUCACGAGAAUUUAUUGGAAACUUUUUAGAGCUGUUUGGACCAGAUGGAGCUUGGAAACAGGUUUUCCAGGAGAGAGGAGGUCGGAUGCUUCAAGCUUUGUCUCCAAGACAAAGUCCCUCAAGCAGCCCAACAAGAGAACGGUCGCAAUCUCCAACAUUCCAAUGGCCAUUUAGUAAAACCUCACCCCCGUCUUCCCCGAAAGCUGCUUCUGCAUCUGUCAGUAGCAACAGUGAUGAGGAUGAAAACUGAAUGAUAAGGACCGGCAGCACGUGAGCAGAUGAACAGGAUCAGCACUGAUACUAUCUCAGGCGAACCUUGACCUUUCACUUUUGCUCUCCAUCAUUCUCAGGCAUUUAAUAGAAUCUGAUCAUUACAAUGAUAACUACAAGUUGUUAGUGCAUACAUCACAAAUAGUAGUUACUAGAUUGUACCAUAUUCCCCUACUUCAGGAAUUAGCUCAAUAUUUAAUAUUGGAUACAGCAAUAUAAAUGGCUCUCAAGUUGCUAGAGAAUAUCAUAUGAGACAUCCCUUAAUGCAAAACCAAAGCAAUCUCAGUGGACAACCAUAAUAGGAAUUAGUAGGUAAAAGAUUUCAGGCUGGUACUAUGAUAAAUUGAAAAUUUGCCAAAUCGAGCAUCCUUACCAAAAUGGAGUGACCCCACGUAUUACACAAAGCACUGAAGGCAAAAUUUUAAGACUUCUUCCUCAUUGACCUAACUCAGAACUACAAAUUCCCUUUUCAUAUGAAAUAUUAGUAACCCUCCUUAAAAAUACAAUAUAAAAAUGACAUAAAAAAGAUGGGUAAAAUCAAAAUGACACAGCUUAUAACAUUUGCUAUCUUCUGAAUUAAUGAGCAAGUAGGAAAAGAUUCUUAAAAACAUCUCAGAUAUAGAAUUUACUUCAACUAUAAAUGGUUCUCAGUUUCAGCUUGUUUUAUAAGACUGUCAUCAAAAAGUGAAGUAAAGCAGGUAAAACCUACUUUUAAAACUGACUGUGGAAACAUUGGCCCAGAAUCUGCUGUGAAUUAACAUUUGGUUUCAAAUGUACAUGCAGUUAUUAGCCUCUAACUCUCCCAGCAAUCUGUGGUGAAGAUGUCCUAUGAAUUACAAAUUAUCAUUAUUCUGCUGUUAACUUCAGGAAGACAAAAGCUUGCUAUUAAACUCUCUGAAUUCCAAGAUAUGCUUAAAGAAGUACUUAAUUAGUGGUGUUAAAAUUAAUUAGACAUUGCACAAAGGUAGAGCUGGUACCUAUUGAUCCACAGAUGAUCUGGUAAUAUUUACUUUCCAACAACUCCCUCCCCUUAACCUUUUCAAAUCAAAAAGAAAACAACUGAAAUCAGUCUCAUUUCUUAAUCUCACUUUUCCUUUCCCCUUCUCUUUCCCAUUUUUAGUCCUCUCUAUUUUUCCUCAUGUAUUGUGUUUGCCUUUAAUUCACCCUAUUCUUUUGAUGUCUCUUUCUGUCCUGAAAUUUCAUUGCUUAGAGUCACACAGCACAGUCCUUCAGCCCGCUGGGUCCAUGGUGAUCAUCAAGUUCCCAUCUAUGUUAUUUACCAGCACUUGGUCAGUGGCCUUCUAUGACUUGGCGAUUCAAGUGCUCAUCCAGUUGCAUCUUAAAUGUUGGGAGAGAACCUUCCCCCCACCACCCACUCAGACAGUGCAGUCCAGAUUUCAACCAGCCUCCAGCUGAAAAAAAAUCUUUCUCGAAUCCAUUUUAAAUCUUUUACCCCUUACUUUAAAUUUAUCCUCUGAUUAUGGAUACAUCUGCUGUAAGGAGCAGUGACCUGCUCUCUACCUUGUCUAUGCCUCAUAAUUUUGGUCGCCAAUCAGCUGCCUCUAGUUCAAGGAAAACAAAUUCAGCCUAUCCAGUCUUUGCUCAGAACCGAAAUGUUCCAUCUCGGGCAACAUCCUCAAAUCAUCUGCAUUCUCUCCAAUACAUUCACAUCCUUCCAAUUUUGGGGUGAGAAAGUCUUACAAAGUUGUACCAUGACUUUUAAGCUUUCUUAUUCUAUGCCCUGGCUCAUGAAGGCAAGCAUCUGUCAUGUUGCUGCCUUCACCACCUUUUGGAAUCUAUGAACUUGUACACAAAGGUCCUGCCUUAGUACUCCCUUGGGCCCUACUUUUCAGGGUAGAUGCCCUACCUUUUUCAGACCUUCCAACAUGAAUCACCUCUCUGUCAUCGGGAUUAAAUUUCCAUCUGCUGAAGAUAACCCUCUUCAUCAUCAAUGCCCCAGGCUUCCAAUCACAAAAGCAACCCUCCACCAUCCCUCUCUCUCCGAUUACCAAGCCAACUGUGGAUGCAAUUUGUCGACUUGCCUUGGAUUCCAUGGGAACCAACCUCUUGGACCAGCCUUCCAUGUGGGACUUUGUAAAAGGCCUUAUUGAAGUCCAUGUUUGUUACAUCAAUUUCACAACAUAUUUUGUUACUUCUUCAAAAAACUCAAAUAGUCAGACAAGAUCUUCCACCAUCAAAGUUAUGCUGCUUAUCCCUGAUCAAUCCUUGCCUUUCCAAGUGUAGAUUAAUCACGUCCAGCAGAAUUUUUGCCAAUAAUUUCACAACCACUCACACUGGACUCACUGGCUUGUAAUUACUUGGCUCAUCUCUGCUGCGCUUCGUGAAUAAGAGUAGCACACUUGCUAUCUCCAGCCAUCUGGCACUUUACCUGUGGCCACUGAAGAUGUGAAAAUCUCUGUCAAGGCCCCAGAAAGCUCCUCCCUUGCCUUCCAUAGCAACUGAGAUAGAUCUCGUCAGCUUCUGGGGAUUUGUCCACCUUCAUGCCCAUUAAAACAUCUGAUACUUCUUUUUUUAAUGCUCUGGAAUAUCCCUGUCCCCCUCCUGAAAUUUGCAACUAUGAUGUCUUUCACCUUAGUGAACACAGAUGAGAAGUAUUCACUUAAGACCUCACCCACGUUUUCUGGUUCUAUGUACAGGUUGCAGUUUUGAUCCCUAACAGGCAGUUCUCUUGCCCUUAAAAUACUUACAAAAUGCCUUGGACUUUCCCUUACUCUUGCCUGCCAGUGAUAUUUUGUAGCCCUUCUUUGCCUUCCUAAUUUCUUCUUUUAACUAGCCCCUACACUUUCUGUACUCCUGAAGAGCUUCACCUAUUUUCAAAUCUCCAUACCUGCCAUAUGCUUCCAUUAUUUCAUAAUCAGACCCUCCAUAUCCCAUAACAUCCUGGGUUCCCUGGACUCGCUUUCCUUACUUUUCACCCUUUGGCUCUGAAUUCUCAUUUGAAAAACCUCCCUGCAAUUAUGUUAAUCCUGUUUUGAUUCAGGUACAACCCAUUCUGCUUGUGCAGAAAUGGUCAAAGUGAUCCAAAAACUUAAAGCCCUCUCUCCUACACCAUGCCUUUAGUAGCACAUUGUUCUGACCUCUCUUCCUAUUCCUAUACUCACUAGCACAUGGCACCAGAAGUAAUCCAGAGAUUUCAGCCUUAGAGGUCCUGCUGUUUAAUCUGCUCCCGAACUCCCUAAAUUUACGUUGCAAGGCCUUAUCCCAUUUUCUACCUACAUCAUUGGUACCAACAUGCACCAGACCACUAGCUUCUCACCCUUAGCCUUCAGAAUAUCCUGCAGCUGCUCAUAGACAUCCUGAGCCUCGCACCAGGGAGUCACCAUAACAUUCGAGAAUCUCACUUUUGGCCACAAAAGCCUAUCUGAUCUCUUUAGAAUUGAAUUCCCUAUCAAUAAAACUGUGCUGUCUUACCACACCCACACCCCCCCCCCCCCCCCCGUGCAGCAGAACCAACCAUGGUGCCAAAAAUGUAGGUGUUGCCUCAUUUCCCUGGGAGUCCUUUCCACCUCCUCAUCCCUUCCAAAGAGUAUCCAACAUGGUACAUGUACUUGAGGGAAAUUGGCCACAUGGGACUCCUGCACUACUUGCCUGCACCUACAGUUAGUUUCCCAUUACUUUCCUGCCUGUGCAGUCAUUGUUUGCGGUGUAACCUUCUCACAAAAUAAACUCUCCGCAAUGCUUUCAGCAUUAUGGAUACUCCAUAAUGAGUCUUAAUGGCUCAUUCCUCCAUAAUGAGCAUUUCACUGCACCACGUUCUCCUGUCAUGAAUUGGACUGAGCCCUUAGUUACUCACUUUAGAGUACUGAUUAUGCUAGGGACCGUAUUCCUCUCAAAACACUACCAACUACAAUUUAAAGUCUCUACCUUUACUUUUACUUCAAUAAAUGAAAGUAGCAAGGAAAAACAUAAAUUUCCACUUGUUGCUACUCACCAAUCAGCUGCCUUUCUUCUCGUCUCCAUCAGGUGGGUAAGGUCCAUUUAUGCACCAAUCUUCAUCCUGCUGUGCUCUCCUCAUCCUCCUCACUUGCCACUGCCACUGACUUUAUGGUUUAAUGAGAUAGAAUACUGGCUCUCUCAUUUAUCAAGAUCAUCGAGGUUCCAGUGACUUUGUUUGCACAAUUGGAAAAUGAGCACAAGGGUGAGGCAAAAUGGGAUACAAUGCAGAUAUCCUUUACAAGCAAAUUCUGGGCCAUCAAUCAGAUCAGAAGCUGUGACUUAUGACUGACAGCAUCAAAUUAGUACUGUGCCGCUUUCCCAAAACACUUCUUUAAAAAAAAACCCUCAGCUUUAGUUUAUAAAAUUUCUCCAGAUCUAACAAUACAUGAGAGCUAUCCUUCACAUGGCAACCAGAAACAGCCUUUAUCAGGCAAUCUCACUGACUGACUUAAGAUUCAGUGCAGGACCUAAUUCCCAUUUAAAGUCUCACUUUGGUGCAACUGUAUAGUACAAACCAUUUUUCAGUGAUACAGAAGUGUCAAUUGUAAAUGUAUGAUCUGUUUUAUCCCCUCUAUUUUUGUUCUUUCACUAUGAUGUUGAAUACAAAAGAGUUGGGUAUAAUCUUCAGUCAACUAUAGUUAGAGGGUAAAGAGUAAGUGGUGAGGUGUAAUUUACCACAAAUUUAAAAUUAGACAUUUGGUCUGCACCUCAAAUCAUAUGGUUACUUUAUUGUUGAAUUAAAUAUUUUACAGGCAUUUGAGAAGCUAAAUUUGGAGCAUAUGCAGUCUCCAUAAUCAGUGUGAACACAGUAAUUCAAAGAAAAAUUGAUAGGAAGGAUAAGACAAUAUAUAAACAUUAAAAAUAUAAAUGACUUAACCUUUUUGUGGUGGUUCAGUAAGUUGAUGUCCUUCGCCUCCACCCCCCCCCCCCCCCCACCUCACUGCAUCUACAUUUGGUAACUAUAUAUAGGCUACUGGAUUUUAUUUCAACCAAUGAUGAGAUGCACCUUUUUUUUAAACACAGAGGGACAAUACAAAAUAAAAAUGAUGGCUAGUCUCAUUCCAAGAACAUCCUCCUAAUUAGACUGCUGUAAUGAUCUCAGAUUACUGGUGCUAAACACCUCCUCAGCCUUCUGCAUGGAAGAGAAAGCUGGAAACAUAUAAUAGCAACAGACAUUAAAAUGGGGAAUAGUAAUAUAAGCACAUGUACAUCAGUGCUAUUAUCCUCUGAUUUCCGGGUACUGAAGCAGCCUGCUCCAGAAUUAUAAUGGGGAUGUCCUAUGACCAGAUUGUACAUGUUCCAGCAUCACAAUAACAGAUGCAAACAUUUUAUCCAAAUUAUUGCUGACACUGGUUGUUUGCCAGCAGUGAAGAGGUUCAUAGGUUCAAAAACUCUGGAAAUCUGCAGUGGUUUUCCUGCAGAAAGACAGGAACCAUCAUCUGCAGAUCUGUAUCACUAGAGUCUUUAAUGGUUUUAAAGUCAGGCAUUGCUUAUUUCAAACAGAUUUUAAAUUUCCCACAUUAGUGUUUUCUUUAAUGCUCCAACAGGAGGCAUUCUGAUAGUUUGCUUUAUAUAAGAUUUUAGUAAAUGAUACAUUGUUUUACUGAGCCAAUACACUUUGAUGGUCGUUAACUAAUUAAAAACAUCACAAAGUCAAAAUCACUAACCCUUCAACAACACUUCACUGACCCUUAGCAUCUGUCAUGAAAGUCUCUGCAAACAAUAAAAUGGCUUAAAACAUUUAAAUCAAAAUAUCCCACAAACCAGUCUUUUUCCUUAUUUCCUUAGAUGGCUCCAACUUCAUCAGAAAUUAUAGAGAACAUUAUGACUUUCUCUCUCACUUUGAUCUUAAUUCAUAGUUACAGAAAUGUGGCAGUAGGAAACUUCCAUGUUCUUCUAUUUACUAAACUUCUAUUUAAGGUGUAAAAGAUAUUAAACUUUUUCUGCACCAGAAAAUAAGGAUGACUGCUGUCAACAAUAGUAGAAAAUACAGUCUGUUGAGAUAGAGUGAGGGUUUUAUUUAAAUUGGACACACACACACACACACACACACACACGAAGCUUAGUAGCUAUCCAGAUUAAGACCCAAACCUUCUAAAUAGCAUCCUUGGCUUCUUUCAUCGCCAAUGAAUAAUGGAAUAUGCAGUUGUACGUGGAAACUGUUCAAAUGCAGAAGAAUUCUGGUUGCCCAACAUGGCAUUAAAGUAAUAUUCUUGGCCAGAAUAAAAAGUACAAUCUUGUUUCAUAUGUAAUCCCACUCUCCAGUGCGAUUUGUAUGCAUGUUGACUGAACGUUUUCUGUGCAGGUUUUCCGAAUGGCUCAUCAGAGCAACCAAAACCUUUCAGUGGUGUUCAAAAUGCCUUUAUGAAGCAAGUAGCUGUACUACUUUUAUCCUUUAAAUGGGUGAUUGUUUCUGGUAACACUAGAAGUAAGCACCAUACAGUUUUUUGCAGGGCAGGCAGUUGGCAAUGGAACACUGACCUUUGGUUAGGUUGUAGAAAGCUUCACUUCGGCUCUGCUUGUAGUAAUUCACCACCUACUGAAAACACAAACUGUACAAACCUUCACUUUUAACUUCAUGCCACAACAGGAAGGAUACUUUGUUCACACCACGUAUAGUGAAUAUACCGAGAAGUAAAGAAUAGUUUCCAAAUUCCUGAUAGAUUUUUUACUACUUUUGGAAUCUCCAACACUUGAGGGUUCUGCUGCACUUAAAAGAACUUAACACUUGAAAGCAAAACAAAGGGCUAGGCCACUUAUAACGUGUGAAGGCCUCUGUAUGAAAUAAUUUCCAUUUUAAAUUGAAAUAUAGUUGAGUUUAUUCAUUAGAAAUUCCUGGGAAUGCGGCUGGCAUAGAAUUAUUCUCAUUGGUGAUUCAUAUUUGAUGUUAGUAAGUUUUCUUAUGUAUCAGGGAAGAUUAUGUUUAUAGCAUUAAUUGAAGAUCAUUAUUUUGAAGCAUACAAAAAGCCAGUACAACAGAAAUAAAACUAACCUGGUGUUUCCAUUAGAGUUCAUUAAUGCUAAUAUCUUAACCCCAUUAUUAUCUGUCUGAGGGAACGUAGGAAGAUCGAGUCAUGUAGCCCGUUGGGGAAGUUCUGCCAAUCAGUGAGAUCAGUGGCUUAUCUAUGCUUUAGCUCCACAUAAUUGGUAUUGCUCCACAUCUCUUAAUUGCUUUGGUUAGCAAAAAUCUAUCAAUCCCAGAUUUAAAAUGAACUGGCCUAGCAGUGACUCCUUUGCAAAAGUUCAGUGUGUAGAAGAGUUUCCUAACUUCAUCCCUGAAAGCAUAGGCUUUAAUUCUUAUGCUAUGUUCCCUUACCUUGAACUUUCCAAACAGCAGAAAUAGUUCUGAUGAAAAGUAUCGACCUGAAACGUUAAUUCUGUUUCUGUCUCCAGAUGCUGCCUGAACUGCUGAGUAUUUCCAACACUUUGUUUUUAUAACAGAAAUAGUUGCUUUCUAUCUACCCUGUAAAUUCCUUUUAUUAUCUGGAAUACUGUAUUUCAAACUAACCAAUCCUUAACCUUCUCAUUUUCCCUCAGAAUUUAAUCCUAAGAGUCCAGUUAUCAUGCUGGUAAAUCUGUACUGUACUAGUUCCAAUUUUCAAGUUAAUUUUUAUGCACAACUUUAAAAUGUAAACACAAAAGGCAUUACUUGCAACAUAAAGUCCUUUGUCAAGAAAAGUCAACUUUUCAAAAAACGUAACCUUACUCACCUUUUAUUUCCCCUAUGUAGUUAUCCAAGCAAAACCAGAAAAAAUUAAUCAUAAGAGAUUAAUUUGUGCCACUGCUUAGAAAGGUACCUCAGAAAAUGGAGGAAAGAGUUGUGUUCAAGUUUUGUACUAAAAUGAAAAAGUUUUGUGAAUGGCAAGACCAAAACUGCAACUUUUCCUAAUUUUCAGAUCAGUUAGAAACUGAUGAAUACGAGUUGCCUAUUCUAGUUGAAAUUUGGGCCUUUUCUCCCCAAAAGUUGACCAAAAGCUGUCCUUCAUUCUGAUUUCCUUUAGGCUAUUUUGUCCAAGCAAUGUCAUAACAUAUUUUAUUUGAGGCACUUUUACUAUAUUCAGUCCAUGUAUUUUGUUUACCAAAAUGUUGAUCCACACUCCAGUUUAUGAACUCACCAAGCUUUACAUGAUUAAUAUUUUUUUCUGUAGGCAUUUUGAUCAAUUUUUGUCACUGUACUAGUCACUCACCUUAAUGUAAUUUUUAUUUAUUGAGAUACACUGAUUGUAAAAAAUGCAAAUAAACAACA